AUGCAAUACACAGUGUUCCUAGCAAUUUUGGCUCUGGCCAACGCUAUUCCUUCGCUACCUCAACCCGACAACUCGAAACCCGCAUAUCGACCUCUCUCCUUCUACAACAUGCCCUUGAUUCGAGCUCAGGGUGCUGUGAUCGCCAGUGCAGAGGCUGAGAACGAUGACGUCAGUGCGUUUGCCGGGUAUGGUGAGCCAAUUGCCACUGAAGCCGAGAUUCCCAAGACAGCUGACGCUUUCCUAAUCGCGUCCCCUCCACAAGUCCAACUCAACGUUCAACCCAGCGAAUACAAGGCUCCGGCUCAAAUUGGAGUGGCUCCGAAAUUCACUGGUGGCUUCAGAACUCCCCUCAGCGAGAGUGUUCGUCAGUUCGGUGGAGGGAAGGGAGCCAUCACAAAUCCAGCCGCUUUCUUCAUGGAAGGAGCGGAUCUGGAGAAAGUGGCCAAGCCAAAAUGCCAGAUGAUCGGCUGUGACGGACCUGUGGCCAAUGAUGAGGACAUGAAUUUGGUUCUGAAGAAGGAUCUCAACGGCCCCGACUCCCAAUGUCACAAGACUUUCGUUGCUAUGAAUGGCUGUGUUGACGGAAAGGGGUACCCUGUUGGAAUGAUCUGCACUAUCUGCUGUGAUUGUUCGGCUUCGUUAAAGCUGGAGCUGAGCAAAUCGAGGGGAUUCAAGGAGGGUUUCCGAACUGAUUUGAACUAG